UUUUAAUGUCUCCUUCCAGUCCCGCAUUAUGUGCAAAUGAAUGAACAGUAGUUCCUGUCUUUGCAUUUGCUGGUUGGGGUGCUUUGUUUUUGUUCCCGUUGGGUUUUUACAUAAUGGCUGAGGAAGAGGAUGAUCCCGGUUUUGACGAGGACAUAGACGACGGAGGAAACGGGGCAGACUCUGGCCAAGGUAAAAGAAAGCGACUUUUUUCCAAGGAGCUUCGCUGCAUGAUGUAUGGGUUCGGAGACGACCAAAACCCCUACACCGAGUCAGUGGAUAUACUGGAGGAUCUGGUGAUCGAGUUCAUCACGGAGAUGACGCACAAGGCGAUGUCUAUAGGGCGCCAGGGACGCGUGCAGGUGGAGGAUAUUGUGUUUCUCAUCCGCAAGGACCCUAGAAAAUUUGCGAGAGUCAAGGACCUGCUCACUAUGAACGAGGAGCUGAAGAAAGCUCGGAAAGCUUUUGACGAAGCAAAUUAUGGGUCUUGAAAUUGGCCUUCGGUUGCUAUGUUGUUUCAAGUGAAAAGGGUCAUUUUCUCCUCUAAUGGAGUUUUACCUUUUGUAAACCUUAGUCCACUUUUCUUACAGCUUUGUGUUCAUUCAGUUGCUUGACAGUUCACAGUUCCUUUACUCUGUGUGUGUGUUUUUUUUUACAGAUGUUGUACAAUAAAGAUAAAACUGUUAAACUUGUAA